UCCUGUGGACACCACCGAGCGACGACCUACUCAGCUUCUUGUCCUGUCACGCUUCACAAAGCUUUAUAAUGGCUACUCAGGGAAUCACCUUCGCCGCCCUCCUCCUCGCCCUGGCCGCCCUCACGCACGCAGCCGACACCACCAACAAAAACGACGCACGACUUCUCUUCGAAGACGCCAACAAAUCCGUCACCAUAGGCGUCGAUUCCAUCUUCUACAUCGGGGUCAUCGCCGUCGGCCUGCUCUUGGUCGCGUCUUUCCUGGGGGUCUUCGGGACAACGGCCAAGGUUGCUCAGCCCUACGAAUACGUCUCCGCUACUGCUUACGGUGCAGCCCCAGCCUACGAUGAGAAGAGCACCUUCAAAGUGCACCAAGUUAUUGAAGACGCCAUCAACAAGUUCCAGUAGAGACCGCGAGGCUAAAAUCUCCUGCUGAAAAUGGCGAAAAAUAAAAAACUUUCGUGUAAGUUCCAGUAGAGACCGCCAGCUUAAAAGCCUCUCGCUGAAAAUAUCUUCAACUGAAACCCUCUUCUUUCCCAUCAAGUAAAGAGUUUAAAAUCUCUUGGUGGGAAAAAAAAAUCUAAAAAAAAAUUAUCAUUCUGGCGUCUCCAUACAUUAAGAUAUUUGUCAGCCUUUUUCCAUAAUUUCUUCAUGAUGCCAAAUGCGAAGAAAAAAAUAUUAAAAAUAUAUCGUACAUACAGGUAAAUAGAAAAAAA